UGAAAAUACUUAUUCUUCAUGGUAUCAGAGCCUAACUAAAACCCUAAAAAAAUAUCCUCCCUAGUUUCGGCCCUCUCCUCCGCCGAACCUCCACCUGCGCCGCCGUCUCUCUCCUCCUCUCUUUCACGGCAGGCAGCCUCCUCCCCCUUCUUCCAUGGCUGAAAGUGAAGUCAUCUCUCAAUCCUCCACCCAAAAAUCUCCACAUCUGGCUUUCUCUGUCUCCAACGUCAAACUCCAUGUUCCAAUCCGACUCAGCUUUUCUCAACCAAACUACAAAAAGUGGAGCCGCCUGUUCCUUCUUCUUGCACGGCGGUUCAAUCUUCAAGGCUAUCUAAACGGCUCUAUUGCUCCCAUCUCCGAUGACGACGAUGAAUGGUUUCAGCUUGAUGCCGUUCUCCAAGGCUGGAUUCUCUCCACCAUCACUGAUGAAGUUUCAGAUCUAGUUAUUUCCUCUGUCUCUUCUGCUUCUGCUCUCUGGAAGGUGAUUCAUGACCUGUUUCACGACAAUAAACAUGCUCGCGCCAUGCAACUCGAGCACCAAUUUCGCACCACCAUCAAAGGAUCUACUCCCAUGGCUACGUAUUGUCAAAAGCUCAGAAAUAUUGCAGAUUGGCUAGAUGACGUCGAUGCCCCCGUGUCUGAGCACCAACUUGUUCUCCAAAUGUUGCGUGGCCUCCCCGACGAUCUACAAGCCCAAACUUCGUUCCUUCAAUUUCAAGAUCCCCUGCCGAGUUUCCUCCAGGUCCGGUCGGCCCUCCUUCUCCUUGACCGACAACGGACCCCCCUGGGCAGCAGCAACAGCACCGCGCUGCUGGCGGGGCAUGGCGGCAGCAGCCACGCCGGUGGACAGCACGGCGGGACUGGCGGGCGCGGCUCCUCCGGCAGUGGGGGACAAUUUUUUGGCAGCAGCUAUGGUGACGGCUCAUCCUCCGGGCAGCGUGGCGGCUUUGGACGCGGACAAGGGCGUGGCAACGGCAACCGGGGAUCGUCAGACGGGGACCGUGAUGCAUCGGUCCAAUAAUGCAGGCCCUCUCUACCCGGUAGAUCAUCCAACCUCUGCUCAAGCUCACGUUUCAUCCGUAGAUCAUCAAACCUGGCAUCGUCGCCUCGGCCAUCCAAGCCCUGCGGUCCUGCGUGGUGUCCCUUUCAUUUUUCCUUUAUUUAAAAAUUAUCAACAAACUCUUUGUCAUGCAUGUCAAUUGGGAAAGCAUGUGCGCCUCCCAUUUUACUCUUCGAGUCGAGUUUCUUAUUUUCCCUUUCAACUUCUGCAUACAGACUUAUGGCAAUCACCUGUGCCAAGUGUUACUGGUUU